GGAGCCUCGGGUGGCGGGAAGAGCAGCUACUGGAAUGGAGGUUCAGGAGAGCGGCUGUGGCUCAGCCGAGAGUGGGGCGCAGGAGCCCUCGCCCGUCCCCAGCAAGACCGCCGGCCACUACGAGCUGCCGUGGGUUGAGAAAUACAGACCGGUGAAGCUCAACGAAAUAGUGGGCAAUGAAGACACUGUGAGCAGGCUGGAGGUCUUUGCAAGAGAAGGCAAUGUGCCCAAUAUCAUCAUUGCUGGUCCCCCAGGAACUGGCAAGACGACCAGCAUCCUCUGCUUGGCGAGAGCUUUGCUGGGACCCGCCCUGAAGGACGCAGUCCUGGAACUCAAUGCCUCAAAUGACAGGGGCAUCGAUGUGGUGAGGAAUAAAAUCAAAAUGUUCGCUCAGCAGAAAGUCACCCUUCCCAAGGGCCGGCACAAGAUCAUCAUUCUUGAUGAAGCAGACAGCAUGACGGAUGGUGCCCAGCAGGCCCUCAGGAGGACCAUGGAAAUCUACUCCAAGACGACCCGAUUCGCUUUGGCUUGUAAUGCUUCAGACAAAAUCAUAGAGCCCAUCCAGUCCCGCUGUGCGGUGCUCCGCUACACCAAGCUCACUGACGCUCAGGUCCUCGCCAGGCUCAUGAAUGUCAUCGAGAAGGAAAAGGUGCCAUACACAGAUGACGGCCUGGAAGCCAUUAUCUUCACAGCCCAGGGAGACAUGCGCCAGGCACUGAACAACCUGCAGUCCACCUUCUCAGGAUUUGGCUAUAUCAACAGUGAGAAUGUAUUCAAGGUCUGUGACGAGCCCCACCCCCUGCUGGUGAAGGAGAUGAUCCAGCACUGCGUAGACGCCAACAUUGACGAGGCCUAUAAGAUUCUCGCACACCUGUGGCACCUGGGCUACUCACCAGAAGAUGUCAUCGGCAAUAUUUUCCGAGUCUGCAAAACCUUCCCAAUGGCGGAAUACUUGAAACUGGAGUUCAUCAAGGAGAUUGGAUACACUCACAUGAAAGUGGCGGAAGGAGUGAACUCCCUGCUGCAGAUGGCUGGGCUCCUGGCCAGGCUGUGUCAGAAGACCAUGGCUCCAGUGGCCAGCUGACUUGAGACGGCUUCCACUGAUGGAACUGGGAGAGUCUUUGUCGUGGGAGAUGUGCCUCAGCCUUUGCUAGAACAUACUCACUUUGGUUUUGUUCUGUGAGAAUAGAGUCUCUUGUAGCCCAGGCUAACCUUGAACUCCUGAUUCUGCCGAGUUUGCUUUCUGCGGUACUGCAGAUGGAAUCCAGGGCUCGUGCAUGUCAGAGGAGCACUCUGCCAGCUGGGGUACAGCGAGAGACUGAGCUCUGGAAGAGUCCCACACCUCUGCUCUUCGUGUGUGGAUUCGGCCUCGGGCCCUGGACGUGGGGCAUGGUGGGAAAGCACUGACCUCCUCAGUCUUGUUGUGGUAGCUGAUAAAGCCUUUGGAUGUUUGUCUCGUUUGCUUAAUUGCUUGAGGCCUUGGGGAGAACCAGUGUCUUCCUCCCAUUGUACCCCAAUAUUAGAAAGUAUACCCCAGGCCAGCGAGACUGCAGCAGGCAAAAGUGUUGGCCACACACCCAGCCUCUUGAGUUCCACCCCCAGAACCCACAAGAAGGUAGAAGAGAACUGACUCCACAAACAUUCUCUGGGGAGCCGGUGUAGUGUAGCACGCCUUUAAUCCCAGCACUCAGGAGGCAGAGGCAGGUGAUGUCUGAGUUCAAGGUCUGCAUAGUGA